AUGGAAGGAGAGCUUUAUUCUGCUCUCAAGGAGGAAGAGGCCUCUGAAUCAGUUUCCAGUACAAACUUCAGUGGUGAAAUGCACUUCUAUGAGCUUGUAGAAGACACAAAAGAUGGGAUCUGGCUGGUACAGGUCAACGAAUGGUCCUUGAAGAUAAGGAAAGAAAUGAGAGUGAUUGAUAGACAGAUCAGAGAUAUCCAGAGGGAAGAGGAGAAGGUGAAGCGCUCCAUAAAAGAUGCUGCCAAGAAGGGUCAGAGGGAUGUGUGUGUCAUCUUGGCCAAGGAACUGAUCCGCUCGCGAAGGGCCGUAAGCAAACUCUAUGCAUCCAAAGCUCACAUGAACUCAGUUCUCAUGGGGAUGAAGAACCAGCUUGCUGUCCUGAGAGUAGCAGGUUCAUUGCAGAAGAGCACAGAAGUCAUGAAAGCUAUGCAAAAUCUAGUGAAAGUCCCUGAAAUCCAAGCAACAAUGAGGGAGUUGUCCAAAGAGAUGAUGAAGGCUGGUAUUAUAGAGGAAAUGCUGGAGGACACCUUUGAAAGCCUGGAGGAUCAGGAGGAAAUGGAAGAGGAAGCUGAGAUGGAAAUUGACAAAAUUCUUUUUGAAAUUACAGCUGGGGCCUUGGGUAAAGCACCUAGUAAAGUCCCAGAUGAUCUCCCAGAACCUGAGCCCAUGGGAGCAGCAGCUGCUGUGGAUGAGGAGGAGGACAUCGAAGCCAUGCAGUCGCGCCUGGCCACCCUGCGGAGCUAAGGGUGACACACCUGUACAGUUUGCCUUGCUCUUCUUUUUUGUUUUUUGCAAUGGGAUAUUCUGUCCUACCUUCCAAAUGCAAAACUUCGUAUGUCAGAGUAUUUUAUGUAAUAUAUAUAUA